UUCACUUCCGGUUAGUUCUAUAAUCUCUACUGGCGGGAACUGGAGCAGCGGAGAGCAGUCGCGUCAGGCACCGAGUGGUUAAAAACAUUUCAGGUUCAUAUUUUAAUACGAAUAUUUGUAGCGUCGUGUCGUGUCCGCGGGGGAUAAUGUCCCGCGUGCUGAAUUGCAUCGUGGCGGUGUGUCCUGACCUGGGCAUCGGUAAGAGCGGACAGCUGCCGUGGCACCCGCUCAGACUCAGCAACGAAUUCAAGCAUUUCAGGAAGAUGACGACGACUCCAUCUGUGGAAGGGAAGCAGAAUGUGGUGAUCAUGGGCAGGAAGACGUGGUUUUCCAUCCCAGAGAAGAACAGGCCUCUCAACAACAGGAUCAACAUUGUCCUCAGCAGGGAGCUCAAAGCUCCGCCUGCAGGAGCCCACUUCCUGGCUGCAGACUUUGACUCGGCUCUCCGGCUGGUGGACACCGAGUUGGCUGACAGGGCCGACCAGGUGUGGGUUAUAGGAGGCAGCUCACUCUACAAGGAGAUGAUGGAGAGCCCGGGGACCAGAAGGCUAUUCGUCACCCGAAUCAUGAAGCAGUUUGAAAGCGACACAUUCCUCCCUGAAAUCAACCCAGACAAAUACUGCCUUCUCCCAGAGUUCCCAGGCGUGCCACAAGGCAUCCAGGAGGAGAAUGGCAUCCAGUACAGAUUUGAAGUCUAUGAGAGCAUCAACCAAUGAAAUGACCAGAAAAACUGGGCAACCUCCUGAUUUGCCAUCAUUAUGUAGAUGGGAGUAAUCUGUGGUGUAUAUAACUUUGUCCUCUUAAGUGAUUGUGCAGUAUGAAGAUGUCACACUGAUUUGUAUCUUUUUUUUUUCACAAGGCUUGUAAUGUUUACAUUUUUUGUAAUUAAAUCUGUCAAAAAUC